AUGGCCAACAUCAUCAAAGCCUCGGUGGUUCAAGCGUCCACAGCUGCUUACUCUCUCCCCGAAACUUUGGAGAAGCUGGAGAAGUUCACUUGUUUGGCCAAAGAACGAGAUGGUGCCCAGCUUGUUGUUUUCCCAGAAGCCUUCAUCGGGGGGUACCCCAAGAUGUCCACCUUCGGACUGGUAGUGGGAGAUCGCAAACUUGAGGGCCGUGACGAGUUCGUUCGCUACGCCAAAGCGGCAAUUGAGAUCCCUUCGCCUACCAUCACACGCAUCGAGCAAGUUAGCAAGGACAAUGACGUUUUCUUGGUCGUUGGGGUUAUCGAACGAGACAACGGAACGCUGUACUGCACUGCUGUCUUCAUCGAUCCCAAGGACGGCUACAUCGCUAAGCACCGGAAACUCGUACCUACUGCUAUGGAGCGCACGAUUUGGGGUCAAGGCAACGGCACAACCCUGCCUGUCGUCUCAAAGGCUUUCGCAAAUUCAAGCAGGGAAGCCCCAGUUGUUGAAACCAAAAUCUCUGCGACUAUAUGUUGGGAGAACUAUAUGCCGCUUUUGAGGACGUGGUACUAUUCCCAGGGAACCCAGAUCUAUUGUGCCCCCACGGUGGACGCUCGUCCGGCGUGGCAACACACGAUGACGCACAUUGCGCUUGAGGGCCGCUGCUUUGUGCUCUCUGCCUGCCAGUUCGCUCAAGAGAAAGACUACCCACCCGACCACGCCGUGGCGAAUGCUGACGCGCGUAACCCGGAAAACGUCAUGAUCGCGGGUGGAAGUGUCAUCAUCAAUCCCCUUGGUGUGGUUUUGGCCGGGCCGUUGAGGGACGCUGAAGGGGUUCUAACAGCGGAGCUGGACUUGGAUGACAUAUACCGGGGCAAGUUUGACAUGGAUGUUGUUGGCCAUUACGCGAGGAACGACGUGUUCAAGCUAUCGAUGGUAGAUCCCGCGGUCGCUUCAAAGGCAGCGUAG